GAAAGUAAAGCGUCAUAGAGUGUCGACGAUUAUUGCGUCAUCAGCCUGCGUCUGAAUGCGAAGAUGGCGUCGGUGGAUUUAAGAGACAAUUUGCUGGGCAUCUCGUGGGUGGACAGUGGCUGGGUGCCCAUCCUGAACCCCAGCAACGUGUUGGAUUAUUUCUCCGAAAGGAGCAACCCCUUCUAUGAUCGAACCUGCAACAACGAGGUGGUGAAAAUGCAGAGAUUAACCCUGGAUCACCUCAAUCAGAUGGUGGGUGUGGAAUAUAUUUUACUUCACGCACAGGAGCCGAUUCUGUACAUCAUCAGAAAACAGCAGAGACAGUCACCAACACAAGUUAUCCCUCUUGCUGACUACUAUAUCAUAGCUGGAGUGGUGUAUCAAGCUCCUGACCUGGGAUCAGUCAUCAGUUCCAGAUUGCUCUCAGCGGUUCAUGGGAUUCAGUCUGCGUUUGAUGAGUCGAUGUCCUUCUGCAGGUACCACCCAUCCAAAGGGUACUGGUGGCACUUUAAAGACCAGGAGGAGAGAGAAAGGGUAAAGCCUAAAUCUAAGCGGAAAGAGGAGCCGAGUUCUUUGUUCCAAAGGCAGAGAGUUGACACGCUGCUACUGGACCUGCGCAAUAAAUUUCCCCCAACUUUCUAUCAGCCCAAACCAGGAGAGAAGCCUGUCCCAGUGGAGGUAAAGAAAGAACCUGAAGUGCCAGUUGAGAUCGUGAAGCCUCCAGAAGAGCGAGAAACAAAGCCCCCGGCCCCUCCCGGCCCUGCUCGGCCAGCCCCACAAACUACACCCAACAAACCUCCACCUGAGAAACGUGCACGCUUACAGUGACACACAUACUGGCCAGCCACAAACAACUGUGAUGUUGCAGGACUUAUGUGGACCGUUCUUUGCACCAGCUAACCAAGGGUGGACUGUUACGGUUAUUGUACAUAAAGACCUUUUCUUUAUAAUUUAAUACUUUUUGUAAUAAGGGAACAGAAAUGUGUCUGUAUCACGUUAUUUUCUAUAUUUCAGUGUUACUGAGUUGUAAUAUUAUACAAUUCUGUCACUCAAAGUAAAAAAAAAAUUAUAAUUCAAUACCUGUAA